AUGUGUUCCCUCCCCAUGGCCCGGUACUUUAUAAUCAAGGAUGCCCAACAGAAGCCUUUAUACUUGAAGAAUGACCAACUCCUAGUGGGAGACCCAAGCUCAGAACUCUGUGGUGCAGAGAAGGUCUGCGUGCUUCCCAACAGAUCCCUUGAUCGAAACAAGUUCCCCAUCAUUAUGGGAAUUCAGGAUGGAACUCGAUGCUUAGCAUGUACGGAAUCAAGAGAAGGGCCCUUGCUACAGGUGGAGGACGUGAACAUCGAGGACCUGUAUAAAGGUGGGGAGGAGGCCACCCGCUUCACCUUUUUCAGGAGCAGCUCAGGUCCUACCUUCCGGCUAGAGGCAGCCGCCUGGCCAGGUUGGUUCCUUGGGGCUCCUACAGAGCCCCAAGAACCAGUCAGACUUAUCAAGGAGAGUGAACCUUCCCCCAGAACGGAGUUCUUUUUUGAACAGAGUCGAUAG